UAGAAGUGGUCUGCUAAAUUCUUCACCGUCAAUUCUUAAACUUGUAGUCUGAYACAUUAAUCUUCCAAGCAUCGGUUUAACUCCGUUAUGUUUCAACAUGAGCAAUUCUACAAUACCAACCGUUGACUAUUAUAUUGAAGCAAAUUAUGCCAUCCUGUUGAUUGUUGUCAACGCUUGUAGCUCCAUUGUGGCUUGCGUCUUGAACUUCAUGAUCAUUUUGACUUUUGUAAAGACGCCAUCAAUGCGAACACCUUCGUAUAUUCUUAUUCUUUGUUUAGCCAUCGCUGACUUUGGUGUUGGCAUUUUGGUGCAGCCGGUUAAUUGCGUUGAAUUGUUUGCGAGGAUGAAAACAUAUAAAUCACUUUUUGAUAUUAGCGAUUCUAUAAGAGGUGGAAGUUCAUGGGUAUUAGGGCCUUCGUCUUUGUUUACAAUCACUGCCAUAACCAUCGACCGAUUCCUUGCUCUUCACUUGCAUUUAAGGUAUCAAGAACUUGUUACAGCUAAGAGAAUGUGUAUAGUUGUGAUAGGUGUUGCAACCAUAAGUCCGUUUGGUAUUUUCGCUGCAUGGAAUUAUACUGCCAAAAUAGUCUGGUCUUCUGUCUUAGUUGCUCUCUUGGUGCUAAGCAUAUUUUUGAUGGUGAAAAUUUCUCUAGCAGUAAGUAAACAUUCGGCAAGCAUCCAUGCACAAGAACAAUCAGUACAACARAGUGCAGUCCUCCAACGAUACAAGAAAACUGCGAAUACAAUGUACUUUAUUACUGGAAUGUUUGUAGUGUGUUAUAUUCCCUUUACUAUUGUGAAUUUCACACGACAUGCUGCAUGGAACAAAGCUCCGCCUUUAAUAUAUAUUAUCUUGCAUGCGACUUACACACUUAUGUUAACAAACAGUGCWUUGAAUCCAGUUAUCUACUGCUGGAGAAUGAAAGACAUGCGAAAUKCUGUCGUGCAGCUGUUUCGAAACAUUCGAUGUCAUAGUGAGCGUCAAACCUAAAUCAAUUUUUUCUCCCGAGCAAAAAAAAGUCGCUACCUCGAUUUUGUAUUUUGGACGAAAAGAACCAUUAUCGGUCUGGUGAAAACCAAUGUCCUCAUUUAAUGGUGUAGGUAGAGUAGCAAGUGCUGRAACCCUUCCCCCUCCUGUAAAUAAAACAGAAAGUCACAUAAAUUUCGGCAAGAUUCGCGUAUUUUCUGAUUUUUGUUARGUUUCAAUAGUGAAACAUUGUCAGACUUUUUUUAUAUGCAUGCUGAGUUUUUUCCAUUAAAAUUAUGAGUUUGAGUUUGCAGACGGUCAAUUAUAUAAUGUGUGUGUAUAUACCAAUAUGAUCAACUAGAAAUUCAUAACUUUAAUUUUCUUCUCAGUAGAAGUAUUGACUAUUAAAUAACACCUCUCAAUCAUAUAUUGAAGGCAAUUGAUAGAGAACAUAUUAUAUCAUCAAAUUAGCAUAGGUAUAUAUCAUAAAAAGAGAAUUAAUCUAUGAACACAAUUACGUAGAAUGUUUUUUUUCUUGUACUGAGUUUGAUUAUUCUGGUGACAUUAAGUCAAUAAUCAUUCAAUCUGCAUUUUUUGUCAUUAAUCAUAUUCUAAAUAAUUCAUAAUUUGCUAUCAAGAUUAGCAUACGAGAAAAAUAUACGUCGAAUAAACRCAGUGUUCAACAGA